CGAAAAUCAAUCGUUUCCAACGGUCGCUCUUUGCGCGUGAAAUUCGCGAGCCUGCCUUAAAUUACGCGCGUGUAUUUGUGUGUCAACAACAAAAACAAGACUGCUUAUCGCCAAAUCAGUUUGCAGUCGCUGUCUGUGUGUUGGUGUGACGCAGUUGUGCGAAAUACGUGAAAUUAUUACACUUUUUUCCACCAACCAAUAAUCGACACUCUUGAAAAACCGCCAACGAAAGUGUUACGCGCUUCGUUUGUCUCUUUUUUCUUGUAAUUAACAACAAAAAACCACACCAACUUACCUUGACGUCAUUUUUUUUAUUAAUAUACAUCGGACGACAAAAAGCGCUUGUUGUUGCUUUUUUUAUUGGUGGCUGCUGGUGCUUGGCACGAACUUUUAAUCAAAAGUUAGCCAACUUUUGUUGUUGGCCCAGUGCGUAAACAAAAAAAAUAAAACUGUUGGCCGAAAAGCGAGCGUAAAAAUUUGCAUUAAUGCAGUCGCGGCGUCGCAUGAAUGAAUGAAAUUCUUAGUGCGCGACCACAAAUUACGAAAGCAAACAAAAUAAAAAAACAGAAUAUAAAGACAAACAAACCAUGGUCUACACAAUUCCGUUUUUUAGCCACAACGAGCCACCCGACAUGAUCAUCACCAAAGAAAAAAGCAUUGCUUGCCUGCAAGAUGAGUUCGGUCACCUAGGCAUGGCCGCCACAGACCUGCCCUUUAAGUCCCCCGAUCUGGACUCUCCGCCCCGGCUACAGCAUCAGAACAACUAUGCUGAGAUCACGGACAGCAGUGCGGAAAACACGUGCCAACAGCGCUGGCCACCUCACGUGGGAGGAGCGGCGGCGGCCUUUGGGCAUCCAGAUAAGCCGAUCGGCUGGAUGUACGGACUACUCGGGUGCAUGAAGCCCGUGCUUUCGUUUAUCGGGAAGACAGGAGUGAUCGAGGUUAAGAGUCAGCGGAGCGAAGACUGGCAGAUUCCAUUUGAGUCUAUUACUGAUUUGGAAUGGCUUGGGAGCGGAGCUCAGGGAGCCGUCUUUAGUGGCAAGCUAAAAAACGAGAUUGUGGCUGUCAAGAAGGUGAAGGAACUUAAAGAAACAGACAUCAAGCAUCUAAGGAAGCUUGAUCAUGAGAACAUUAUUAAGUUCAAAGGAGUUUGUACGCAAUCGCCGGUGUUCUGCAUCAUCAUGGAGUUCUGUCCAUAUGGACCACUGCAGAAUAUAUUGAAGGAGGAGCAAGUCAUGUUACCGUCCCGCUUGGUUUCUUGGUCCAAGCAAAUCGCUCUGGGCAUGCAGUAUCUGCAUUCUCACAAGAUCAUACACAGAGAUCUAAAAAGUCCCAACAUACUGAUUAGUACAAAUGAAGUGGUGAAGAUCAGCGACUUUGGAACGAGCCGCGAGUGGAACGAAAUCAGCACCAAGAUGAGUUUCGCCGGAACAGUGGCCUGGAUGGCACCAGAGGUCAUUCGCAACGAACCCUGCUCUGAGAAGGUGGAUAUUUGGUCUUAUGGCGUCGUGCUCUGGGAGAUGCUUACCUGCGAGAUACCCUACAAGGAUGUCGACUCGUCUGCUAUUAUCUGGGGUGUGGGUAACAACUCCCUCAAGUUGUUGGUUCCGAGCACCUGUCCGGAGGGAUUCAAGCUGCUCGUCAAACUCUGUUGGAAAAGCAAGCCUCGCAACCGCCCUUCAUUCCGGCAGAUUCUUUCGCAUUUGGAUAUCGCGGGCCCCGAACUCCUACGAAAAACAGAAAAGCAGUAUUUUGAGACCCAAAAGUCGUGGAAAGAAGAGGUCCGAUCGCAUCUAAAGGAGAUUACCCAAAAUGGCACUAGUAUACACAAGUACGAGCAAGAUCUGAUUAAGCGGCGCACGGCUGAGUGGCGACAUGCCCAGGAUAUCCGAAUGGUGUACGAGGAUAAGCUGCAGAAGACAAACCAACUGUUCUUCGAGCUCAGCGAGUGUAUGUCCCAGUUGCAGGAGAAGGAGAAGGAAAUCGCAGAACGUGAACGGAAGCUACCUGGCAGUGGCUACAAACCGACGCGACGUUUGGGGAAUACACUCAGAAAAAUGCAGCACUAUAGACGACGACUGAACGCUCCACCAGCGGCCACUCAACAACAAUCAACGACGCCAGAUCCAGAGACUACGCCGGAGUCUCCUGUGAAGUGUAUGCUAUAUGCUCAAUUGGAUAGCAAUUGCCAGCCCAAAUCGUACCUGGCUAACAUUAUCCCAGGCAGUGGCAUAGGCGGCACAAUGCCCAACAAAAACAAGAAGAACUUCCGUCAUCGCCGCAACGGUUCUGGAUCCUUUGGCGCCCCACCCAAAUACAGUCCGACGCGAGAUCGUCGCUACCAGAGCGAGCCGGAGAACCGAAAGGUUCAGCUUGUGGAGCGGCAAACACAAACGGAUGCCAUGGAUGUCAGCGAAACGGAUAUAAGUCCUUCCGCAGAGGCUCCUCGAUCUCAGCCCAUCGACGUGCCAGCUCCGAACCAUCGCCAACUGCCACUACAGCUACAAAGGGUACAGAAAAUUGCUCAGGCGCAGGCGAGGGCUCGGAGCGGAAGCACAUCUUCCGCUGCUGGCGCCCUAAACCCCGCCUGUCCCUCGAACGGCAACUCUCUGAGCACCAGCGAGUUGACCUAUCAGGAUGCCUGCUCGAGUCCUGAUCAACUCAUCGACGAUGUAAUGAAUAGCAACGAGCGUUUGGAUAUGACCGAGUGCUGCAGUGACAACGAAAACCUGGAGCGUCUGGGCCGAAAAGUCAUCGAAUUCAUCAAUGAGAACCGCCUGUCCAUUCAGUCGAACACAAACUCCAACAGCAACACGGAGAAUGGAAACGGAGGAGUCUCGCCGCUGGAACUGAGGGAGAGCGGUAACAGUCCAUGCCUGAGUCGGUGCAGCAGCACGCACAGCAAACGACGGAAACAACCACUGGGGGACAACCCAAACGGCAGUUCGAUAAGCAAUGCUAACGGAGAGUCCCACGAGCAAGACAGCUGGUCGGAUGAGGAGGGUGAAACCACGGACUACAAGUACGCCCUGAGGAGAAGGAGCUUUGGCCGCCUGCCCAUUGCUCGUGGCAUGCGACCCCGCCGCAGCUACAAGGCUCCACUGUCCCAGAAGAUAGCCAUCCACAAGCGCAAUGUGGUCAUAGUCUCCGACGAGGAGGAGAACACCUCGGAGUACAGUCACUCGCCCUCCAGUCAACACUCGACGUUAGAGAGCAACACGGACAUUGCGGACAUGAAGAAAACUCAGGCCACAUCCACCUCAGCCAACAGCUACAGCGAACCCGACGACGAUUCGAGUGAUUCGAGCGAUGAGGAGCAGGGAAACAGGGUCGCGAGAGCCAACGCUGAGGGCCAGGCAUUGUCUAUGGGCGCCGUGCGCAGCAGCGAUAUUAUAUCCAUACCGACUUUUGAGGCUGAUGGCGCCGUCAAUAUGGUCUAACCUAGUACGAUUUCUAGCCUAAGUAAGAACUCCUAAACAAAACCCGAAACUAGAGUUGUCCACGUUACGCAGCAAAAACUAUCUCUUAUAUAUACUCAACGAGAAAUCGGCCCAAAUUGUAUGGUAUUAUCUAUGUUCAUGUCCAGAUCUGUAACUCCUCUUAUUUAUAUGUACCCGUGUGAGUGGAAGACCGUCUCCAAGCGUUGACCGUUUCGGAGGAUUCCAUUUCAAAAACAUUAAGACCUUUUGGGUUAGGGGCAAUCUUUAUUCGUGUCGUACUCGUAUCAAAUGCAUUUCCUAUUUUGCUGAAUAUAAUUUUGCAUUAGACUUAGUUAAUAUAACCAUUAUUCUUGUCCUUAGCGAGCUGCCUUUGUAAUAUACUUAAAAAUGUCCUAAUUGUAUAUUUAGUUUAAGUCAUUAGGUAUAAUUUUUGUUCGAUCGUAAGAGCUUAAACCGCAACACAAAAGAAAACCCAACAAACGCUCCCACAAAAACCGAACUACAAAGCAACAAAAUAAUAGAAUUGGCCUCAGGCAUUAUAUAGUAAUGAAAGGGAAGAGGAAAAAAUAGUCAGGGAUAUUUUUUAUAUAAGAAAAUUUGCUUAGAACUUAAUAGGAAAGUGUUUUUAAGAAGCGCAUUGUACGUAUAAUUUGGUAGACGCAUCGAAUGAAUGUUUCCCAAUUAUGCCGGGAACUAGGAAUUUGAUGGACCGAAACAUCUUACUUUCUAUAUGCACAAAAUUCCAAGCUUCAGUGCCUUAAUGCAAACACAAAGAAUAGGAGAUAUGUUUUGGAGAAACUAAACAAUAUAAACUCGUAGAUCUAACCGCGGCUAUGAAGUAGCCAUGAGCGCUUUCUAGACCUUAUAGACAACUUAUGCAGCAGAGAACUAUAUAUUUGGUCAAAUACGUUUCGCCCUUCUGGAAAUCGUUCAUCAGCUGCAAAACGAAUUAUUAUACACACUCAAUAUAUAUACAUUCUAUAUAUUUACACGCUAGUUGGAUGUUUAGCUUCGUAAGAUGUGUCGUUUCUUAAUGUGCGACUUUUCUCUACAUUAUGUAAAUGUACUCCAUAUUAAGAUUAAUUUUAACGACUCAUACGAAAUAGAAAUAAAAUGAAAAUAUGUAAGAACGCUAAA